ACUCUCAAAUGUACAGGGCGAUGUAGGGGAAGGGACGUCUUCUCACACUGAAGUGCAGCUUGGUGCCGACCCUGCAGUAGGCACUGUAUCUCAGCAGAACCAGCAUUCGUGGAUACAGAGCAUGGGAUGGGGCCAUUAGAAGUGCCGCUGGAGCAAGCUGCACGGUGCCCUCAUUGCCACCAAACACUGCCUGCAUCAUUGAACAUCGAUGCACCUGGCACGUACAGUGUGCAAGCACGUUCUAGUGCAAUCGAUGAGCCCAGGCUUCAAUCUAAUCCCGAAGAGGUGGAGGCCCCUCCAGACGUUUUCAGGGCAUCCACGCCAGUGAUCGAAGGAGACAUUCAAGCCUUUGACGAUGACAUUAUUGAGUCUUGCUUCGUCGAGGAAGUUCCCCAUGUCACCAUUGAGGCAAGUGACGACAAGGAAAGCAGUGAACCAGGCUUCAUGGGAACAGAUGACACCUAUGAAGAGGAAUGGCUUGACCCAAACGACGUUUCCUUCCACCCAGAGCAGAGCAGUGAAGGGGACCGUUCAGUAAUCUUCAUGGAGGAACCUGCCACUGGGACUGCGGAUGAUACAAAAUAUAUUGUAUUCGAAUCGUGUCUCAGGCAACUACUCCAGAGAUGUCCACAGUGUGGCACACCAGGCUGUGUCGUGACCCUUAGAAACUUUGGUACAAUGGUGGAGGCAACAGUGACUUGUUCGAAACAACAUGUCACACUGUGGUCAAGUCAGCCAAUGCACCACGGCAAAGCCCUGGGGAACAUCCUGUUGUGCUGUGCUAUUUUGUUUUCGGGCAGCAGCCCUACCCAAGCACUCAGAAUGCUUCAGUUCAUGGGUGUUCAAAGCCUCCAAAAGACUCAGUACUUCGAGUACCAGCGGUUCUACAUGCUGCCUGCAGUAACUGAGGUGUGGCAGUCCGAGCAGGCUAUGCUGCUGGACAAGCUACGGGGCCAAGAACUUUGCAUUGCUGGUGAUGGUACAGCGGAUUCCCCUGGCCAUUCUGCUGUUUUCGGCACAUACUCUCUCUUAGAAACUGGGAUCAACCGCAUUAUACAUCUGGAAAUAGUAAAGUCCACUGAGGUUGACUCCAGUAAUCGCAUGGAAAAGGAGGGCUUCCAAAGGUCACUAGAGUAUGUUUGCAAACAGGGAAUGUCAGUGGGCAUGCUUGUCACCGACAGACACAACGAAGUGAAGUCUUUCAUGAGGAAGGCCCACCCUUCGGUGAAACAUCGGUUUGAUGUAUGGCAUGUCGCAAAGGGUAUCAGGAAGAAAAUUCAUGCCACAUCACUGGCAAAGAAGCAUCAGGUUCUGCAGAAAUGGUGCCCCAGUAUCCUGAAUCACCUCUAUUGGUGUGCACGAACCAGCAAUGACAAUGGUGAGCUUGUCCUUGCUAAGUGGCUCACCAUUCUACGGCACGUGAUCGAUAUUCGUGAGCAUCAAGGCCUUCAUGCAAGGUGUGCACAUGGAGACAUUGGAGAUCGGCUUUGGCUUCAUGAAGGGACAGAAACGUUCAAAAAACUGGAGGGGAUAGUCGCUGCACCUCACCUUCUCAAAGACAUCCCAUCGCUCGCUCCCAGCAAGCAAACCUUUGGGCUGGAGGCAUUUCAUGCCGUGAUAAUUCAUUUCGCCCCGAAGUCCUCAAAAUUCACGUACAGUGGGAUGGCUGCACGAACGUAUAUUGCAGCCUUGCACUUCAACCACAAUGCAGACAGGGCUGUAGCCAAAUACAUUGUGCGGUGCUCAAAAGCUCGGAAACACUGGACAUUGGCUGGUGUGAAAACAAAGGCUUCGUAUGGCUACGUCCAGAAGCUUACCGACACCGUGCUUGACCUCUGUGUGCGGUGGCCAUCCUUCACUGUGGCAAGGCAAAAUGUGGAGGAAGCCGUUCAUGAGACCAUGAGCAGCAGAUAUGGUCCUAAGCCCCAGCUGGAAGAAGCUAGACAAGCUCACCACAAGAGAUUCAGCGAAUGAGUGGCAACCCUAGUACUAACUGCAAGUGGGGAACAUAGGGGUUUUACUGAAAGUGAACAAAGAGUCUCAUUCCUAGGAUUUUUGGUUCUCAGUGCUUCGUUUGUCAUGAAUCGGUGGCUUCUGCAGAAGCAUGGGAGGUGGGAACAAACAAUUCUUUUUGGUGCACAUGGUGUGGUGCAUUGCGUUGUGCAUGAUACCCACGUGCAAUAAGGU